UGCUUCCUGAACUCAGCUCUGACCCCUGACGGAGACAUGAGCCAUCAUCCGGAGUCUGCGGGGCCCGGCGAGGCCCUCGGCCUGUCUGCAUCUCUGUCUCCUCCUCCGCGUUGCCAUGGUGAUGAAGAAGAGGAGGACCUGAACAAAGUAUUUGAAGUUCAGUGUUUUCCGCAGAUCUUUGGUCCUGCAGCGUUCAGUCCGCCAGACAAAUACCGAGUCUAUGACGAGCAGGAUUUUGAAGAUCAUCGUCACUGUUCUCUCCAGGUCCAGCAUCCUCUGUCCAAACCUCCCGCUGACAUCAAGAGGAAGAGGACCAGUGAGGACAGGAGGGAUGGGAGGAGAGGCUCUGCCCCCAGCGCCGCGACCACCAUAGAAGAAGACCAGGAGGAGGAGUCCUGCAGUCAGACCUCCAGAGACCUGCCCACCACUUCUACCAAUCAAAACAGCCUCUCACGUGGCAGCACCAUGAUGAGCGUUGCCACUGACGACACUGACGAGGUUGGAGCGUUGACGUCGGUCGACUUGGACGGAAUCAAGAGUCACCGAUUGGACGAUGUUCCGGCCGUGCGGCGUCACUUGGUGAGGCGGAGCUGCAGAGGACCAGUCGUCCACAUCAGCAAAGAUCAGAUCGUCGGUCAGUCACAGCUCCGACCGGACCGAACGCCUCACGAGGUGUUUGUGGAGCUGAACGAGCUGAUGAUUGACAGGAACCAUGAGCUGCAGUGGAGGGAGACAGCUCGCUGGAUCAAGUUUGAGGAGGAGGUGGAGGAGGAGACGGAGCGUUGGGGUCGACCUCACGUCGCCUCGCUCUCCUUCCGUUCGCUGCUCGAGCUCCGAAAAACCAUCUCCCAUGGGGCGGUGCUUCUGGACCUGAAGCAGAGGACGCUGCCGGACAUCGCCCAGCAGGUGGCGGAGCAGAUGGUGAUCUCAGAUCAGAUCAAAGCUGAGGAUCGGACCAGCGUCCUGAGAGCUCUGCUGCUCCGACACAGUCAUCCCAGUGAUGAGAAAGAUCACAGCUCGUUCAGCAGGAACAUCUCAGCUGCCAACAUGGCCGCCCUGAUUGACAAACACAAUGGCCAAUCAGAGCUCCCCCAAAACCUGACCAAUCACAAAGAGGCUGACCCAGAGAAGACCAAGAGAGAAGCCCCACCCCUCUGUCACCCCAGAUCCAAACAUGAAGCAAAGCUGAUGGAGAAGAUCCCAGAGAGAGCUGAGGCCACCGUGGUUCUCGUAGGCAGUGUGAGCUUCCUGGAUCAGCCCUCCAUGGUGUUUGUGCGGCUGCAGGAGGCGGUCCUGCUCGAGUCUGUUCUGGAAGUCCCCGUCCCUGUGAGGUUCCUUUUCUUGCUGCUGGGCCCACCCGUCACUAACAUCGACUAUCACCAGAUCGGACGCUCCAUCUCCACACUUAUGUCAGACAAGCACUUCCAUGAGGCAGCGUACCAGGCUGACGACCGCCAGGAUCUGCUGACAGCCAUCAACCGUUUCCUGGACUGCAGCGUCGUCCUGCCUCCCUCAGAGGUUGAUGGGGACGAGCUCCUGCACUCUGUCGCUCGCUUCCAAAGACAAAUGCUCCAAAAGAGGGAGGAGGAGCAGGGCAGCAAACUGCAGGAGAAACCGUCGAGUAUUCAGCAGCAUGAAGAUUCCCUGGUUCCCUCCAAACCCAGCGACGAGCCCCUGAGGCGUUCAGGUCGUCUGUUUGGAGGUCUGAUCAAAGACAUGGCUCGACGUUACCCUCAGUACCUCAGUGACAUCAGAGAUGCUCUGAACCCUCAGUGCAUGGCCGCCAUCAUCUUCAUCUACUUUGCUGCCCUGUCACCUGCAAUCACCUUUGGUGGACUGUUAGGUGAGAAAACAGAGGGUCUGAUUGGUGUGUCGGAGCUGAUUGUUGCCACGGCGAUGCAGGGCAUAGUGUUCAGCGUGUUGGGUGCUCAGCCUCUGCUGGUGAUCGGCUUCUCUGGACCGCUGCUGGUGUUUGAAGAGGCCUUCUACACUUUUUGUAAAAGCAAUGGGAUCGAGUAUUUGACGGGCCGGGUGUGGAUCGGGUUCUGGCUGGUGCUACUUGUUCUCCUCACUGUGGCCUUUGAGGGAAGCAUCCUUGUUCGCUUUGUCUCCCGCUUCACUCAGGAGAUUUUCUCCUUCCUCAUUUCCCUCAUUUUCAUCUACGAGACCUUCGCCAAAACGGUCAAGAUCUUUCAGGAGCAUCCUCUCAAAAACUGUUACCAUGGAAACAACACAGUAUCUCCAUUUCCCUGCAACUAUACAACUGUUGCUGGGAAUCCUGGGAAGGUUGUUGGAGAGCCCAACACUGCCCUGCUGUCGUUACUGCUCAUGGCGGGAACGUAUUUCAUCGCUUUCUACCUCCGCAAGUUCAAGAACAGCUCCUUCUUCCCCGGCAGGCUCCGUAGGAUCAUCGGAGACUUUGGGGUCCCCAUUGCUAUCCUCAUCAUGGUGUUGGUGGACUACAGUGCGGAGGACACCUACACCCAGAAACUCAAUGUGCCCAGUGGAUUCUCUGUCUCCAGUCCAGAGAAGCGUGGUUGGAUGAUUUCUCCUUUGGGAUCGGACGGGCAGUUCCCCAUUUGGAUGAUGGGCGCAAGCAUUCUGCCGGCCAUCCUCGUCUUCAUCCUCAUCUUCAUGGAGUCCCAGAUCACAGCACUGAUUGUCAGUAAAAAGGAGAGGAUGCUGGUGAAGGGAACUGGUUUUCACCUGGACCUCCUCAUCAUUGUGGUGGUGGGUGGAAUCUCAGCUCUGUUUGGUUUGCCUUGGCUGUCAGCUGCAACAGUUCGGUCCGUCACCCACACCAACGCCCUCACCGUCAUGAGCAAAGCUGUUGCCCCUGGCGACAAGCCCCGCAUCCAGGAAGUGAAGGAGCAGAGGGUGACUGGCUUCCUGGUGGCUGUGUUAGUGGGUCUGUCCAUCGUGAUCGGAGAGGUUCUGCGUCAGAUCCCUCUAGCGGUGCUUUUUGGGAUCUUCCUCUACAUGGGUGUGAUGUCUCUGAACGGGAUCCAGCUCACCGAGAGGCUCAUCCUGCUCCUGAUGCCCUCAAAGUACCACCCUAAUCAAAGCUACGUCCGCAAGGUACGGACGUUAAGAAUGCACAUGUUCACUAUUGUCCAGCUGACCUGUCUGUCUCUCCUGUGGGUCGUCAUGGCGACGGCAGCAGCACUAGCUUUCCCCUUUGUGUUGCUGCUGACGAUACCUGUGAGGAUGCUGCUGCUGCCUCAUCUUUUCAGCCGCAGAGAGCUGCAGAGUCUGGAUGCUGAUGACAUGGAGUCUCACCUGGAGGAGAAGGAGGGGCAGGACGAGUACUCACAGCUGCAGAUGCCCGUGUGACCCGGUAGCAGCAUGAUGAUUGGUCGAUCUUGCCAGAUGGACUGAUCCUGCGCCCCCCUUCAGUAGCAUCCAACAUGUAUCCUGUAGGAGGGGGGGUUGUUCUGGUUCUUAGUUCUUAAAUCUGGUUCAGUUCUGGUUCAGGUCUGGUUCAGAGCUGGUUCAGGUCUGGUUUAGUUCUGGUUCAGUUCUGGUUCAAGCCUGGUUAGUUCUGGUUCAGGUCUGAUUUACUUCUGGUUCAGGUCGGGUUAGUUCCAGUUAGUUCUGGUUCAAGUCGGGUUAGUUCUGGUUCAGUUCUGAUUCAGGUCGGGUUAGUUCUGGUUCAGUUGUGGUUCAGGUAUGGUUUAGUUCUGGUUCAGGUCUGGUUAGUUUCAGUUCAGGUCUGAUUUACUUCUGGUUCAGGUCGGGUUGGUCCCAGUUGGUUCUGGUUCAAGUCGGGUUAGUUCAGGUUUAGGUCUGGUUUAGUUCUGGUUCAGGUCUGGUUCAGUUCUGGCUCAGGCCUGGUUAUUUCUGAUUCAGGUCUGAUUUACUUCUGGUUCAGGUCGGGUUAGUUCCGGUUAGUUCUGGUUCAGGUCUGGUUUAGUUCUGGUUCAGGUCUGGUUCAUUUCUGGUUCAGGUAAGGUUAGUUUUGGGUCAAGUCUGAUUUACUUCUGGUUCAGGUCUGGUUAGUUCCGGUUGAUUCUGGUUCAGGUCUGGUUUAGGUAUGGUUCAGGUCUGAUUUACUUCUGGUUCAGGUCUGGUUAGUUCUGGUUACUUCUGGUUCAGGUCGGGUUAGUUCCGGUUAGUUCUGUUUCAGGUCGGGUAAGUUCUUGUUCAGUUCUUGUUCAGUUCUGGUUAGUUCUGGUUAGUUCUGGUUAGUUCCGGUUCAGGUUGGGUGAUUUUGGGUUCAGAUCUGAUUCAGGUCUGGUUAGUUCUGGUUCAGGCCUUGUUCUGUCUCUCAUUAACUGAAACUUUCUGUUGUAUGUGUAACUGUUUGUUUCCUCAUCAUUAAAUACAAAUGAUCUGA